CUUUGUGACGUGUGGGGCUCCAUUCCAAAUCUUAGUUCCGACCCGACCCGACCCGACCGAAUGAAAACUCUGUGAUCUUCGAGACAACCCCCAUGAAACUUCCUUGUAACUUUCUCUAAUGCAUCUUCGUUACAGAGAGAAGAGUAGGUGAGGAGUGGUUUUGCUUCCCUGAGCAAUCUAAGUUUCUCCAAUGGCGGUCGAUGCAGUAGUUUCGGUGGUCAUUCAAAAACUCACUGACAUGCUGAUCGAAGAACCAGUAGUAUUUGACAAAGUGAUCGACAAGGUAGAGGAGAUCCGAAUCAAGCUCCGGCGAAUGCGAGGUUUCUUGAUCGACGCCGAAGAAAACGAAGGUCCCGACAAAUCGGCGAAGAAGUGGGCCGAUGAUUAUCUUCGCAUUCUCUAUUGUGUCGAGGACAACAUCGAAACCUUUGCCCUUCGCAUAGCAUCUCAUAGGUGGAAGACGAGGAUGUGCAAUUCGAGUUCAAUUGGGGAUGUCUUCAACAAUUAUGCUUGUCUGUUUUUCUUCUUCAACAAUCUCAAGGCUAGCAAAAAGCUUCGCUGGAAGAUGGCUAGUAUCGAGACUGAAAUCGACGAGCUCAACAAAAGGAAGCCCGGUAUGGUUCGCGAUGCCAGUUUCAAAUACCAUUUUUCUGAUUCUAGCUUUCAAGAAAACCGUUUUCAUCAUCAUGAAGAAGAAGGAGAAGAAGAACAAGAAGAAGAAGAGGAUGAGAUUUGCGAGGCCAAACCUGUGAAAACUCCGAGUCUUGGGUCGAGCUUUGGAGAGCAUCUGAGGCGGCCUACACUUACUUCUAGUUUUUCUAAUCAAGAAGAAGAAGAAGAAGAUUUGGGAAUUGUUGGAUUCCCAGAGCGUGUAGAUGCGUUGGUGAAAAGACUAACCUCUGAUACCAACAACAACAACAUACUCUCGAUUGUUGGAGAAGUGGGUUCGGGCAAGACUACGCUUGCGCAAGCGAUUUACAAGAGCAAGGAAAUCAAGAGCUAUUUCAAAGGAGGCCGAGCUUGGGUCUCUGUAUCCAAGGAUUAUACAGAAAGAGAUGUGUUGUUAAGCUUGUUAAAACAGGUAGAUAGUUCCAAGAAGCAAGACCAAGGUGUGGUUCUGAAUCCCCAGCAAGUUCUGGCAAAUAAGCUGGCGGAGAAGAAGUUUUUUGUUGUCAUGGACGGUGUCCGGACUUGUGAUGCUUGGGAGAAACUCAAAGAUGCGUUUCCAAAUCCAAACACAGGAAAUGGUACCAAGAUCAUCCUCAUUACUUGUGACGAACGAGUAGCUUUGUCCGCGGGGGGUUCAGAUAACCCGCCGCAUUGCAUGAAGAGGCUAAGUCGUGAGGAAAGCUGGAAAAUGUUCCUGAAGAAGGCACGGCUCUCUGAAAUACCUACAACAGAGUCAGACUCAGAUAUUUUGGAAUUACAACGAAGGAUUCUGGAAAUAUGUGAACGUCUGCCAUUGAAGAUCGUCCUGCUUGGUGGUUUGUUAUCCACCAAAAAAAUAUCCUAUGAUGAAUGGUCAAGAGUGUUGGACCAUAUCGAUGGGCAUGGUUUUGACAUCUUGUCAUUGUGCUACAAUGACCUACCUGUUCACUCCAAGCUUUGCCUGCUCUAUCUGGUGCUUUUUCCUAAAGAAUUCGACAUCCCGGUUAGGAGGUUGGUUCGGUUGUGGCUUGCUGAGGGAUUUGUGAAGCGAUCCCCAACCCCAUUAAUGACCACGGAGCAGGAUGUGGCAGGGGAAUACUUUGAUGAUUUGGUUAACCGGAACUUGAUUCAGAUAUCGAAAUUUAGGUCCGAUGGGAGCCCGAAAAGGUGUCAUUUACCGAGUGCCCUGCAUGAUUACUUGCUCCCUAAAGCUGAAGAUAUCAGCCUUUUCCAUGUCCACCGCAGCAACUCUGAUUGCAACAUGGAAGAAACAGGAGGCCGAUUUGGACUUCGCAGGAUUGUCGAGUACCUGAAUCUCAAGAAUUGUGCUUUCAAUGACUCUGAACUUCAAUAUUUGAGGUCUUACAUAUCAUUUAACAUUCAAAGGAAAGACAUCCCUGCAAUUCAAGUUGCCAAUUUUGUCAGCAAAAUCACUGGUAACCGAGGGUAUGGCUUACUCAGGGUGCUUGACUUGGAAGGCGUGUAUAAACCAAGUUUACCGGAUAAGCUCGGGGAUCUCUUUCAUUUGAGGUACUUGGGGUUGAGAUGGACUUUCUUGGACAACCUCCCUCCUUCUGUUGGUGACCUUCCCUACCUCGAGACGCUGGAUCUCAAGUGCACAUAUAUCAAUAGCCUGCCCAAUUCCAUUUGGAAAUUGGAACAUCUGCGACAUCUCAAUCUCAAUGAGAUCCGUCUUGACAUGCCUGAGCAACAACACAGUCCUCUGCCAGGGCUCCUGACUUUAUGGGGAUUGUUUGUAGAUGACAAGAGUUCGGUUAAGAAUGGCUUGAGCAAGCUACAUGAUCUAAGAGAAUUAGGCAUUUCGUUUAAUUUGAAGUCCAGCUUAGACUUGACUGAAUGGAUUUCAAACUUGACAAAUCUUCAAUCUCUGAGGUUGCGAUCCAAGGACGAAAGGGGACGUCCUUCCAAACUCGAUUUGAAGCCAUUGUCGGCCCUAGGGAAGCUUUCCCACCUGAAUUUGCUGGGUAAUUUACAGAAGCUGCCUGCUAAACUUGAAUUCCCGCCGGGACUCAAAGUUCUCACAUUGUCAGUCUCACAACUGACUGAAGAUCCAAUGCCAACUUUGGGGCAGCUGCAGAAUCUAACUGUUCUCAGGCUUUUAGCCAAUUCGUUCCUAGGGGAAAAAAUUGUUUGCCCUCUCAGAGGAUUCAGUAAGCUUAGAGUCUUGAAACUGUGGAUGCUGAAGAGCUUGAAGGAAUGGGAUGUAAAGGAAGGGGCAAUGCAGAACCUCAAAGAAUUAAAUAUCAGAUGCUGUGAUAACCUCAGGACCUUGCCUCCAACUCUGCUGCAACUGAGCACCCUCGAAGAAGUAAUCUUGACAAACAUGCCGAAAAGAUUUGUAACUGACGUUCAAGAGCAAAAAUCGGAUCAUACCACCCUUACCGAAAAUAAUUUGCCUUUCACUCCUUUGCCUUGGGAGGAGGAAGAAGAAGAAGAUAAUGUUUGUCACAUUAAUGGGAAUGCGCUACUCAUGAAUGGGCAGGCUGGGCAUUCCGAAACAAGUUCACAGGCUUACUAAUUAACUGAAGACCUUCAUCUGCCCCGGUUUCAAUUGGAAUUAGCUUGGGGAGGAGUUAGCCUUGCCAUCUUCUUUUUCCAGUGUCUUUGCUUUUUGUCGUGCCUUAGUUUUUCACUGUUUUGUUUCUUGUUUAUGUUUCUGCUUUCAUUCUCACCAUCAGCUCUAGAAUAUAUAUAUAUGGAUGUAUCAAUUGUGGGUGAGCUGAGAGCUGCUUGUCUAUGCUUUCCUGUCUUUUGACUUUGUACUUCUUCCUUUAUGUUAAAAUGUCUUAAAUUAAACUUAAUUAAGACUGUCAAAGGGAAUGAAACAUAUUUGGUUGUCAUUAAA